UAGCCCAACAACAGACAUAAUACAAUGAAACAUCCUAAAAAAAUCAGCAUAUAUUUUCUAUAUGUUGAUUUGUGUGUGUAACAUUUUAUUGAAAGAAAACAUAACAAUAGAAAGAGUUUAAACUUUCGAGCGUUUGUUUUCAACGGUUACAGAUAUUAUUUGUAACUUUCCUAAGUGCUAAAGGAGUGAGCCAGUCAAAAAAGAACAUUUUGGUAACAAUCCGACAAAAUCAGAGCUUUUUUCCAACAUCUGUCCCUGUUUUCCUUUCAAUCGUUUGUAUUCAAACACAAUUCUCAAACAAGUCAAAGGUGCAACUUGGUAAUUAUGUUCCAAUUCAAUGUCCAAUUCCACCCUUUCCUUCUAUUUAAGCAUGCACACACACUUGUCUCUCACAUUCAAUCCAUCCUCUUCAAAUAGUAUUUCAAAUCAUUCACUCUUCUCUCCCUUCCUUUGCUUCCAAUCCAAGUAAAAAAUCUUCAUUAUGCUCAAUUCAUCUUUGACCUAGACACCAUCAUCAACCACAGAAAACUAAGUGAUCCAUCCUCCAAUUAUGAUUCUUAGCUUGGGAUCCGAGGAGUUAAAUAUAAAGCAGAUACAAAUCUGAUUCAAGAAGACAUGGCCAAAGAAACUCCAACAAUGUUUUCAAACUUACUCAUGUUUAUUUGCCUUUUCAUGUUCAUGCUCAACUUCCACUCAUCCCAUGGAGAACAACAAGAGUUCGAGCUACUUUUAUCCUUCAAGUCAUCCAUCCACUAUGAUCCUCAUAACUUUCUCUCCAGCUGGGUCAAUACUUCCUCAAACACUAUUUGCAAGUGGCACGGGAUAACAUGCGACAACUGGUCGCACGUUAACACUGUGUCACUCUCAGGUAAAAACAUCUCCGGCGAGGUUUCCUCGUCCAUGUUCCAACUUGCACAUGUUACAAACCUCGACCUCUCCAACAAUCAGCUUGUUGGAGAAGUCGUCUUCAACGCUCCCUUCCUCUCUUCACUUCUUUACCUCAACCUCAGCAACAACAACUUCACUGGCCCCUUACCUCAAUCCUUAUUUUCAUCACCGUUUAUCAACCUCGAAAGUCUUGAUCUCUCAAACAACAUGUUUUCAGGCAAAAUACCAGACCAAAUUGGAUUACUUUCAAGCUUAACAUAUCUUGAUCUAGGUGGCAAUGUUUUGGUUGGAAAAAUUCCAAAUUCCAUCACCAACAUGACAAGUUUAGAGUACUUAACUUUGGCUUCGAACCAAUUAGUUGGUGAGAUUCCAACAGAGAUAAGCCUAAUGAAGAGAUUGAAACUGAUUUACUUGGGAUACAACAAUCUUUCGGGUGAGAUUCCAAAGAACAUUGGAAACUUACUUUCUUUGAAUCAACUUGAUCUUGUUUACAACAAUCUCUCUGGACCAAUUCCUGAAUCAAUUGGAAACCUCACAAACCUUCGAUAUCUCUUUCUCUACCUAAACAAACUCACAGGCCCAAUUCCCGAAUCCAUAUUCGAAUUGAAGAAUCUUAUUUCACUUGAUCUAAGUGAUAAUUAUCUUUCAGGAGAGAUUUCAAACCUUGUUGUUAACCUUCAGAAACUAGAGAUCCUUCAUCUUUUCUCAAACAACUUCACGGGUGCCAUUCCAAACGCAAUAACAUCUUUACCUCACCUUCAAGUUCUUCAACUCUGGUCAAACAAACUAACAGGUGAAAUUCCACAAACACUUGGAAUGCACAACAACCUCACAAUUCUCGACCUCUCUUCAAACAAUCUCACAGGCAAAAUCCCAAACAGUUUAUGCGCGUCUGAAAAUCUUCACAAACUUAUCCUUUUCUCAAACUCUCUCAAAGGAGAAAUUCCAAAGGGUUUAACCUCAUGUAAAACCUUACAAAGAGUGAGACUCCAAAACAACAAAUUGUCAGGGAAAUUGCCAAUGGAAAUCACUCAAUUGCCUCAGAUAUACUUGCUUGAUAUCUCUGGAAACAAACUCUCUGGAAGAAUCAAUGAUAGGAAGUGGAAAAUGCCAUCGCUUCAAAUGCUUAACUUGGCUAACAACAAUUUCACCGGAGAAUUACCAGACUCUUUCGGGAGUAACAAACUCGAAGGAUUGGAUUUAUCACAGAAUCAACUUUCUGGUAACAUUCAAAUUCUUUUCAGAAAAUUACCAUAUCUUAUGCAAUUGAAACUCAACAAUAACAACCUCUAUGGAAAAAUCCCUGAAGAAAUCUUCAAAUGCAAGAAUCUUGUUUCUUUAGAUUUAAGUCAUAAUCAACUAAGCGGCGAGAUUCCGGUGAAACUCGCCGAGAUGCCGGUUCUCGGUUUACUUGACUUAUCGGAGAAUCAAUUUUCCGGCGAAAUUCCGAAGAGUUUAGGAAGCGUUGAAUCGCUUGUUGACGUCAACAUAUCGUAUAAUAAUUUUCACGGAAGUUUACCUUCCACGGAAGCUUUCUUCGCAAUCAACGCGAGUUCCGUCGCGGGUAACAAACUCUGUGACCGUGACAGUGACGGUUCUAACGGUUUGCCCCCGUGCAAAAGUGAUACUAAGAUGAAUUCAACCACUUUUUUCGUUUUGGUUUGUUUUGUAUUAACGGGUUUGGUUGCGUUAAGUGGUGCUGGUUUUCUCGUGAUUUUCGUGCGUAAAAGGACGAAGAGUUUCGAGGUACGAAGAGUGGUUGAAAAUGAAGAUGGUUCUUGGGAAGUGAUUUUCUUUGAUCACAAGGCUUCAAAAUCGAUUAACAUUGAAGAUGUUUUAUCGUCGGUUCAAGAAGGAAAAGUGAUUUCGAAAGCACGAAACUGGGUUUCGUACGAAGGGAAGUGUUUAUCCAAUGAUACGCAAUUCGUGGUGAAAGAAAUAAGCGACACGAAUUCUGUUUCAGUUAGUUUCUGGGACGAAACGGUGACGUUUGGGAGAAAGGUUAAACAUUCAAAUAUAGCUAAGCUUAUUGGAAUGUUUAGGUGCGGUAAAAAAGUGUAUUUGGUUUAUGAAUUUGAAGACGGGAAGAGUUUAAGUGAAAUCAUGCAUAGUUUGAGUUGGCAAAAGCGGAUUAAAAUCGCUUUGGGUAUUGCAAAAGCGAUUAAGUUCUUGCAUUGUGAAUGUUUGUGGAUUGGUUUGGUUAACGAGAUGUUGACAGAGAUUGUUUUGGUUAACGGAAAAGAUAUUCCUCGCCUUAAACUUAACAUUUCCGGAGUUAAAGAGGAAAAACUGAGAAAAGAAGUGACUGAGAAGAGUGAGAUAUAUGAUUUUGGAGUUAUGUUGAUUGAGUUAUUAACGGGAAGAACAUCUGUGAACGACAUAGAAACAGUUGAACAAAAGAACAAUAUUGUUGAGUGGGCCCGUUAUUGUUACACUGACUGUCGUCUUGACACGUGGAUAGAUCCAGUUAUGAUGAAGGGUGGAGAUGUAUCGACAUAUCAAAACGAUAUUGUUGAGACUAUGAGUCUUGCACUGCACUGUACCGCAGGUGAUCCCACCACGAGGCCAUGCGCAAGAGAUGUAGUAAAAGUACUAGAGAGUGUUCACUGUAGCAGAAUCACUUUUUGCUGAUUUUUUUGUUUGCGUGUUAUUUUAUCUUUGUUACAGUUUUUUUAAAAUGUUUUAUUUUGCCCCUCUUUGAGUUUUCACAUUUUUCUUCUUCUUUUUAUUUGGUUUGGUUAAAGUUUUUAAUUAGUUUAUGUUGCAUAGUAAGGUUUUGAUGAGGGAAUAUUGUUAGGGAGAUGUUUGCUUGAUGUUUUAUAUAUGGGGCAGGUUUGAAAUACUUAUAAUGAGUGUAAAAGUAAAUGUAAAUAAAAUUCAAUGCUAUUAAUAAAUUAAUUGUAUGAAAUAUUUU